GCCCGCGCGGCGCCGCGUGUCCGGGGCGGCGGCGGCGGCGGGAGAUUCAAAUCGCGGCCGCAGCCAUGGAGGCGCCGGGAGCGGCCCCGACCCCGGGAGCGGGGCCCGCGCGCUACGAGCGCCUCACCGCCGACGAGAUGGACGAGCGGCGGCGGCAGAACGUCGCCUACCAGUACCUGUGUCACCUGGAGGAGGCCAAGCGCUGGAUGGAGGCCUGCUUGCGCGAGGAGCUGGCCCCGCCGACGGAGCUGGAGGAGAGCUUGCGGAACGGCGUCGUCCUGGCCAAGCUGGGGCACUGCUUCGCCCCGGACCUCGUGCCCCUGAAGAAGAUCUACGACCGCGAGCAGCUGCGGUACAAGGCAACCGGGCUUCACUUUCGGCACACGGAUAAUAUCAACCACUGGCGCGACGCCAUGACCCACGUGGGCCUUCCUUCGAUCUUCCACCCGGAGACCACCGACAUCUACGACAAGAAGAACAUGCCCCGGGUGGUCUACUGCAUCCACGCGCUCAGCUUGUACCUGUUUAAGCUGGGGCUGGCUCCGCAGAUCCAGGACUUGUACGGGAAAGUGGACUUCACAGAGGAGGAGAUCAACAACAUGAAGCGGGAGCUGGAGAAGUACGGCCUGCAGCUGCCGGCCUUCAGCAAGAUCGGGGGCCUCCUGGCCAACGAGCUCUCGGUGGACGAGGCGGCAGUCCACGCAGCCGUGCUGGCCAUUAACGAAGCGGUGGAGAGGGGAGUGGUGGAGCAGACCAUGGAGGCCCUGCGCAACCCCAACGCCAUGCUGCUCAACCUGCGGCAGCCCGUGGCGGCUGCCUACCAGGAGGUGCUCUACCAGGCGAAGCUGGAGAAAGCCAGCAAUGCCAGGAAUAGGUACCUGCAGGCGAUCCCGGAGGGGGAGGACAUCUACGACCGGUGUCUGACCCAGGCUGAAAUACAAGGGAACAUCAACAAAGUGAACGUCCACGGGGCUUUGGAGCGUGUGGAUGACGCCCUGGAGAGCCAGGAUGCCCAGGAGCUGUACCAGGCGCUGCAGGACCCCGUCCUGGCCCUGCGCUGUCUGCAGCGGGAGAACCUCGACGGCUACUUGGAGCAGCUCAGCCUGGACCGGGAGCAGAAAGCGCUGGAGCUGGGCUACGCGGACCCGCUGGAGCAGGAGGAGCUGGAGGCUGGGAUCCUCGCGGCAAACAGGAAGGGAGAGGAGGAGCGAGCCACGCUGCAGGCCGUGAGCCGAAUCAACGCGGCCGUGCGCUGGGGGAAUCCUGCCGAAACGCUGGCGGCCCUGAUGGACCCCGCGGCGCAGCUGCCCGCCGCGCAUCCCUUCGCCGCCCCGCUGUACCAGCGCGAGCUGGCCCCGCUGCAGCGCCAGCACCCGCGGGGUGAGCUGGCGCAGGAGGAGCUCUUCGUGGCCGUGGAGAUGCUGUCGGCGGUGGCGCUGGUUAACCGAGCCCUGGAGGCCGGAGACCCGGACGGGCUCUGGAGCUGCCUGGUCAGCCCUGCCCUGGGCCUCUCGGAUGUGGAGGACGCCAACGCCCAGCGGUAUUUCGAUGACUUAUUGCAGCUGAAAGGCCAGUCUAGGAAAGCGGGAGCCGAGUUCCUGAGCUGGAACGACAUCCAGGCCAGCGUGAACGGCACCAACUCCUCCGUGCAGGACGAAAACGCCAAGGUCCUGGCCGUCAGGCUGAUCAACGAGGCGCUGCUGCAGGACCAUCCCGAGAAGACCCUGGCGGCACUGCUGCUGCCGGCGGCCGGCCUGGCCGGCGUCACCCCGCCGGUCGCCAGACGCUACCACGACGUCCUGGCCCGGGCGCGAAGGCAGAAGGCCCAGGCCACGGAGGAUGGCGGGGCUCUGCUCUGGUGGGAAGAGAUCCAGCGAGGGGUUUCCAAGGCCAACGAGGACUCGGCGGCCACGAGGAGAAUGGCCCUGGGCGUCGCGGCCAUCAACCAGGCCAUCAAGGAGGGGAAGGCGGCGCAGACGGCGCGCGUGCUGCGCAACGGCGACGUGGCCCUGCGCGGGGUGGUGACCGCCUGCGCCGGCACCUACCAGCAGCAGCUCGCGGCCCUGGCGGCCGGCAAGACGCAGACGGGCAGCGGGAAGCCUUGCUGGGUCCGGCACGGGCUGGAGGACGGCGCCGAGUACUACCUGAGCCUGCAGACGUUCGAGGGCACCUGGGACCGGCCCCGCGCCGGCGUCCUCAACACCACGCACCUGAGCCGGGAGGAGAUCCAGUCCGUCAUCACCCGCGUGACGGCGGCCCACGACCGGGAGCGUCUCUGGGCGGCCAACGCCGGCUUCGUCGCCCGGCUGCAGGCGCGGGCCAGGGGCUACCUCGUCCGCCGGGCGUUCGCGGCCCGCCGGCGUGUCCUGCGGGAGCAGUGGCCGGCGGCUGCCAGGAUCCAGGCUUUUUGGAGAGGAUACCGGCAGCGCAGGGCUUACCGGGAGAGGCUGCGCUACUUGCAAGCCAACGCGGAUGCUGCAGUAAAGAUCCAGGCGUGCGUGAGGAUGUGGCAGACCCGCAAGAAGUACCAGGAGAGGCUGCGCUACUUCAGGAGGAACAUUAAAGCUGUAAUUAAAAUCCAGGCUUUUGUGAGAGCUAACAAGGCCCGUGGGGAUUACAGGAUGCUGGUCCACGCCAGGAACCCGCCGCUGAGCAUCGUCCGGCGCUUCAUCCACUUGCUGGAGCAGAGCCAGCACGACUUCUGGGAGGAGUCGGAGCUGCUGCGGCUGCGGGAGGAGGUGGUGAAGAGGAUCCGCGCCAGCCGGCAGCUUGAGAGCGACCUGGACCUCAUGGACAUCAAGAUUGGGCUGCUGGUGAAGAACAGGAUCACGCUGCAGGAGGUGGUCUCCCACUGCAAGAAGCUGACCAAGAAGAACAAGGAGCAGCUCUCGGAGAUGAUGGCCAUAGACAAGCAGAAGGGGCUCAAGUCGCUCAGCAAGGAGAAGCGGCAGAAGCUGGAGGCCUACCAGCACCUCUUCUACCUGCUGCAGACCCAGCCCGGGUACCUGGCCAGGCUCAUCUUCCAGAUGCCCCAGAACAAGUCCACCAAGUUCAUGGAGUCCGUGAUCUUCACCCUUUACAACUACGCGUCCAACCCGCGGGAGGCCUUCCUGCUGCUCCAGCUCUUCAGAGCUGCCCUGCAGGAGGAGAUCAGGUCCAAAGUGGACCACGUCCACGACAUCCUGACGGGGAACCCCACGGUGAUCCGGCUGGUGGUCAGCUUCUACCGCAACGCCCGCGGGCAGAACGCCCUGCGGCAGAUCCUGGGCGGUGCUGUGCGGGAGGUCCUGCAGGACAGGACCCUCAGCAUCCGCACCAACCCCGUGGACAUCUACAAGGCUUGGAUCAACCAGACAGAGUCGCAGAGCGGGCAGAAAAGCAAGCUGCCAUACGAAGUCAGCCCUGAGCAGGCCCUAAGCUACCCCGAGGUCCAGAGGCGGCUGGACAUUUCUAUCCGCAACCUGCUAGUGAUGACCGACAAGUUCGUCUCUGCCAUCACCUCUUCAGUGGAUAAAAUCCCCUACGGCAUGCGCUACGUGGCCAAGAUCCUGAAGACAUCUUUGGCUGAGAAAUUCCCUGAGGCCUCGGAGGAGGAGAUCUAUAAGAUCGUUGGCAACCUGCUCUAUUACCGCUUCAUGAACCCGGCGGUGGUGGCUCCCGACGGCUUCGACAUCGUGGACAUCUCGGCCGGGGUGGCCCUGCACCCUGACCACCGCCGCAACCUGGGCUCCAUCGCCAAGGUGCUGCAGCACGCGGCUGCCCGCAAGGCCUUCGACGGGGAGAACGCCCACCUGCGUGUCGUGAACCGCUACCUGGAGGACACCCACGAGAAGUUCAGGGAGUUCAUCUCUGCUGCCUGUUGCGUCCCGGAGCCAGAGGAGCGGUUUAACAUGGAUGAGUACUCGGAGAUGGUGGCGGUGGCCAAGCCAGUCAUCUACAUCACGGUGGGGGAGCUCAUUAACACCCACAAGCUUCUGCUAGAGCAUCAGGACUCCAUCGCACCACUUCACGGAGACCCCCUGCAUGAACUUCUGGAAGAUCUGGAUGAAAUUCCUACCGUCCAGUUCCUUGUUGGCGAGGGCGUUCCCAGCCCGGCGGACGGCACCGCGGAGCAAGCGCUCUCCCAGCUCGCCAAGGCGGAGAUCUCCCUCACCCUCACGAACAAGCUCGUGCUGGAGGCCAGCAGCGAGGAGGCCGACGCGAAGAGCUUGCUGCUGAGCACCAAGCAAAUGCUAGUGGACGUGAUCCAGUCCCAGCCAGGAGAUUCCCUGCUGGAGAUCCUGCAGACUCCGGCGUCAGAGGACGAGGAAGCCUCCCACUCCCAUCUCAUGCGCAGACGGGCGCUGCGGGACGCCCGGACCCCCGACAAGCUGAAACGCAACCGCUCGCUGGCUGGGAACAGCCAGCUCUCCAUGGAGGAGAAGAAGCGUAAGGUCAUCCGAAACCUGCGGCGCUUGGAGAGCCUGGGCGUUGUGGACUCUGCUGAUGAGUACCAGGGGAUCGUUAACGAGAUGGCCAAGGAUAUCCGCAAUCAGCGGCGAUAUCGGCAGCACCGCAAAGGGGAGCUCCUGAAACUGAGACAGACCCUCCAAGGACUCGACUCCAAGACCUUGUUUUACGAAGAGCAGAUCGACUAUUACAACCAGUACAUCAAGACCUGCCUCGACAACCUGGCAGCCAGCAACAAGGCCAGCGGGAAGAGCAAGAAGCUGCAGGCGUUGCAUUACACGGCAGCCCGGCUGUUCGAGAAGGGGGUGCUGCUGGAGAUCGAGGACUUGCCCGUCAGCCAGUUCAGGAACGUGAUUUUCGACAUAAUCCCCUGCGAGGAAUCGGGCAAGUUCCAGGUGAAAGCCAAGUUCAUGGGCAUCGACAUGGAGAAGUUCCAGCUCCACUACCAGGACCUGCUGCAGCUGCAGUACGAGGGCGUAGCCAUCAUGAAGAUGUUCGACAAGGCCAAAGUCAACGUCAACCUGCUCAUUUUCCUCCUCAACAAGAAGUUCUUCAAGAAGUAACGAGCAGGGGGUGGGC